CCGGCCACGCCGCAGGCAGCGCUGACGACAACUUGCUUGGAACACCACCUUCGCAACCUAAUCACUCGAUACUAGGAACCUCUCGUUCGUGCUUCGGAUUGUUACCUCGACCUACAAUCUGGUCGACGCAUACACCAUGUGUCUUCACUAUUGACCCGACUUGCUAUUCAUACAACCGAAGCAAACCAUCAGUCCACGCCAACCGGAAUCCCGCUGCUAUUCCUCCUCCAGCGCAAUGGCAUACAUCCUGUACUCGAUCUUCCUCGUCUCCGUCCUUGUGGGAACAGCCCUCUACCUCACCCGCGCUCGGUGGGUGCCGUAUCUUCCGGGGCGCGUGCAGGACGCGAUCUCCGGGCUCUCGUACACCCGUGUCCCAACCACGUUUAUGGGCGACGUCGAGUCGGGCCUGACGUCUGCGGACUUCGACCUGUCGAGCAACAUCACCGAAGGCGAUUCGCGGAGCGGACUGGACCAGAAGGCCAAGCGCGACAUCCAGCGUUUGAUGAAGAUUCGGGGGAUCAAUUUUGACGAGGCCCGGAGAGUAUACAUGGAGCAGCGGUUCAAAAAGAAUGGGAUCGGCGAGGAUGGGAUACCGCGGGAUCCGAAGUUUGUGUCGUUUUCUUGAACGGGAUGCUGGCCGGUAUUUUGAGUGGUUUGGGAAGAUGAUCAUCUACCAGAGAUGGACCGGCAGGAUACCGCAUGGAAGAAUGUGCAGAGCUUCAACCAUUCUUCUAGGGGUUGUAGGAUACUUCGAUUGGCGAGGUUGUCGUUGAAAGCGAAUGGUGUUCAUGGCGUCAAGUCCGAUCCUAUUAAUCUGUAGGUAACAGGCUCGAGGCCUUGCGGCCUUGCUGUUGAUGUCUUCUAUUUGUCGACAGCCUCGAGAGCUUCUAUGAGUGAUAGCGCCGAUCAGCACCACGGCAAGAUACCUCUAGCGGCACGAUCCGCCUGCUGAAUGUACACGACGGUCUACAGAUUGAGCCUUUGCUCGGGCCAUAUAUCAUGCUAUGUCAUUCCAUUGAGCUAACGAGAUCUCAAUCUUCUGUGGAAUCACCUCAGCCAGGGUACUUGGGAAAGUCCACUUGUAGAGGCGGUCGGAAUAUGU